AUGUGGUUAUCAAGGACGGCAUCUUCGGCUAACGAGGACGUUGCUGGUCUCAAGCAUGUCAACAUCACCAUUCCAUCGUCACAUCUCACCGCCGUCAUCGGUCCUGUUGCCAGCGGAAAGUCUACUCUAUGCAAAGCAACUCCUGGUGAAGUCCCCCUUGCGACUGGACACACGGCUGUCCUCGGUUCCACGGUCAUUGGCUACUGUGAACAACAGUCAUUUUUGACAAAUACCUCCAUUAGAGCCAACAUCAUUGGCGAUAGUCUCUUCAACGACGAGCUAUACAAUUCCGUGAUAAGCCCUACUGUGCUUGACCGGGACCUUGCAAACCUCCCCCAGGGCGAUAGCACGAUGGUCGGGAGUAGUAUUGCCCUGAGCGGUGGACAGUGGCAGCGAGUGACGGAGAAAACAUCAAGCAUAAUCACCGGCUGCUGGACUAGUCCCAGAGGCCGAUGUAUCUACUUUCAAUGGUAA